AACACUGGUUGACUAUUUUACACUAGACUUGCUGCGCACGUUGUCUUUAUUAAAUAAGUUACAUAAAAAUAUCAAAAUUGUAAAAGAAAUGUUUGCACUUCUGCGCCGUUUUGCGUGCGCAUCCAUCACAAACAGCAACAGGGCAAGUCUGGUGCGCUGUUAUGCCUCCUUCACGCCAAGGGAUGUGCUGCGCGAGACAUCGGAUGAGGCCGGUACGCUGCUCAGCCGCUUUGCCAAGCACAUAGCCAUAGAGCGCUACAAGUGUGAGGAGCACGUGCUGCCACCUACGGAGAUACGCUACUCCGACUAUUUUCCCAUAACGGACGAACGAUACUUUAAGCGCUCUGUAGAGAAGACGCCGGCCUCGCAGUUGCCAGCAUUGAUUAUACACACCUCCAGCUAUCGGCCCAAUGCAGCGGCGCCUAUGUAUGCCAUGGCAUUAAACACGCUGGAUGCGCAUGCGGCAGCAAUGCUAAAGCAGAUGGACACAACUACUAUGCUGGAGACACUCUACGCAUUUUUGUUCCUCAUGCCAAAUUGGCUAAAGCGCACGGACUUCUAUCACGCGGCCAUGCGACGUCUUUCAGGGGAAGUGCCUAGCAGCAGAGAGCGGUUUAUGCAAAUCUGUUUCUACCUGGGCCUUCAGAAGCAGCAGCAGCAGAACGAUUUGGAGACGCUGAUCGCCACACAGCUCGGUGAUCAUUUACCCACCUUGAGCCCUCUGGAUCUGGCCCUGAUCAGCAAUGCUGCCUACAAGACGUCUACGUUAGUGACAGGCGCCGUGCGUGAGGCUUAUGAGGCCACCCUGGUGAAUGCAAUUUUGAAUCUACGGUUUGGUCCGGACAACGCCGCAGAUGAUGCGCUGCUUAUUUGCUACAUCAAGGCAUUGCGGCUCCAGCGGGUGCAGGAUGAACGCAUCUGUCAGCACCUGCAGGGCAUCUGUUUGGAGCCUGCGCAGCUAUUGAAACUGCAGCCACGGGGCUUAGCCCAUAUAUUCGCGUACUUUGCCGAGAUGCAAUGGGAUCAAGCGGAAUGCAUGCACGCACUUGUUGAACGUUUAUUGCAGUUCAAGCCCAGUGAGCUGCGUGCCAAGGACUUGGCCACAUUCCUGUGGAGCUGUGCACAGCUUAAUUGCCCGUUGACUACCGCACAGCUUAGGCAACUGGAGGUGAUUGCCUUGCGCAAACUAGAUCAAGGCGAAUAUGAUUACUUUGCCGACCAAUUGGUUGACACUUGCCUCUCCCUGUGCAUCAUGGGCCAUCACUCAAAGGUGCUCUUUGAUGCGGCAGAGGAACUAAAGGCCAUACAACGCCAACGUCAGCGAGCACAACCCAAAGUAGACAGCCGCUUGACUGUACUGCGAUCCGCUGUGGCCAUCGAGCAGCCCAGCUGGACGGAUGUCAAAAGGGAGCAGGUCUUUAAGGAGCUAGCGCGUGCGCCGGGCUAUUUGCUAAAGCAGCGCGACGAUCUAACAGCUUAUGCCAAGCAGCUGGCUGCAGAUGCCGAAGUGGAAGGUGUCGACCUGGUCUGCCCCAUUGCUGGCAUCAAUUUGCCCAGCUUGCGUGUCCAGACACUUGGCGAGCAGUCAUGUAUUUAUUACAUAGAGCUGCUUACGCCGCAACAGACGCUGAGAUUCAGUCGAACGGCGACUUCUUUGUUAAGGUUAAAAAGAAGACUCUUGGAAUCGCUGGGCCAGCGCGUUGUACUCCUUCAUUCUGGUGACAUGGCGUCCAAUGCGCAGGCGCUGCAUCAUCUUUUGGAGCAAACAACAGUCGCCAAGAACGAGGCUGACCAGGCAGUGCAUGGCCUCAACAAUUGAAACGUGUGAUAUAGAGUCU